AUGGGAGCCAACAAGAACGAGUGCUUGGGGUCCCACAGGACAAAGAAGGGCAAAGUUUCGGAUUCAGCCUCGCACAAUAAGGAGAACAUCAACAUUGAUGUCACCUGCCCCAAACCGAAGCUGCACCCCAUCAAGAAAUCGAAGGACAACAAUUCCGAGGGCUCAAACCUCCCUUUGAGUGUCGAGAACGAUGCUGUCAAUGCCCUUCUCAACUUGAAGGGAGUUAGGCAGCAUGCACCGAUGGACCAGGUGUUUGACGAUGUCAUGGGCUUCCAAGCCAGUGAUUAUGAGGACUUGGAUCAAGAGGAUGCAGAGAAGGAGAAUGGGAGUGAAGUGGAUGAGCUGGAAAGCUCAGAAUCCUCAGCUGAGACAGGUAAAUCCACACUCUGUCCCGUACAUGGGAGCUACUUGCAAUCUGAACGGAAUCACCUCCCACACAACCUUUCAAGCUUUCCUGGUGGCAUUGUCCAAACAUAUGGAUGUGUGGCUCUCUUUACUCUCCAAUAUUGGCUACACCCCUUCAUUUGCACCAAAAUCUCCCAAGCCUGUUCCAAUGGUGGUGCACAAUCCUUGACAGACUUUACUUAA